UGUGCUUAAAAUAUGAAACUAGUAAGCGUUUUUAUCUUUAUCGCUGCUUUGUACGGAAUUCACGGCUCACGGUUUUGUGGCCCUUCGCUGACACAAGUAUUAGAAAUGGUCUGUAUUAAUGGCUAUAACCCAAUGACAUUAAGUAAAAAAUCUAGCAGUACACUCGUAACCCAUGAUUUGGAUAUUCCCGACAAAUUGAAAGAAAUGGAUGUUAUGUCAGAUUUGAACCCUGGUACUGUUUUAAAUGACUUGCUUUAUGGUAACCACGUUAACACACUGACGAAAACACGAAGGCAACGGCAUUUGCCUGGAGUCUACGAUGAAUGUUGUCGUAAAGAUUGUACCCUGGAUGAAUUGGCCGGAUAUUGUUUGUAAUGCGUAUAUAAUUGAUAAGAAUCCUCGA